UCACCUAAAACCACUCAAUACUUAAAUAAAAUCGAAUUUUUCUAAAUCUAAAACAGUUAUAAUAUUAUAAAUGAAAUGCGAAUAAGAGUUGGAUCGAACAAGAUUAGUUCGGGUGGUCAAGUCCUUCAUGUGGAAGAAACAAUUUCACACCCAUCAUUCACGAAAUUUCGAAAUGACAUUGGUUUGAUUCGUGUCCAAGGGAAUAUCACAUUCAAUGAUAAAGUGAAAGCAAUUGAGUUGGAAACUAAGGAGGUACCGCCUGGAACUGAGCUAUUGGUUACUGGUUGGGGAACAACUGAAACAGGCGAUUCAGAGGAUCUGCAACAGCUCAAGGUAAAUGCUCUUUCCGAUGCAGAAUGUAAGAAAGCAUGGAAUUUUGUCAAGGAGGACAUUCUUUGUACAUUUAAAGGAAAAGGCGAAGGGAUGUGCAACGGUGACUCCGGUGGUCCUCUGGUCUGGAGUAAUAAACUCGUUGGAGUAGACUGCUUUGCGCAUCCAUAAGUUGUCGUUUCGUUUUGAUUAUUAGCAUUUAAAUAUUUGUGGUUUUAUUUUACAUUGUAGCUGUGCCAAAGGAGUUCCUGAUGGUUUUACGAAAGUAUCCCACUUCAUCAGCUGGA